GUGAUUUAUUAGGUGAACAAUGUGUGGCAACAGCUUAUGAACUAGAGGUCGGCGCGCACUCGACGGACUGCGACAUGAGUAAUUGUUUGAAUGAGUGACCAGCUGACGAGUGUGGCUGUGAAAGUGCUACUGCCUCCGCCAGUGCCCGAGCGAAUGAUUCAUCUUCCAACUAUUUUUACGAUGAAUGGACAUGUAGAGAACGAGGUGGCAGUCAGCAAGUUUGUCAGUAUCCUCGAGUUUCCUUUCGGAGCUUCCGUAGUACUCUGUCUGUGGUAUCCUAUUUUCUUCCUUUUGAUGUUUGUGAAAUGCAAUGUCUCCUAUGCCCAGACUUUCUGGAACCAUGGCCCCUGCAAAAAUCUUCUUUAUGUUGUAUUUGUUUGUUUAUUCCCAGUCUUGUCUGUCGUUUGUGAAACGCAAUGCGCCCCAUCUGGUGGCCAGAAAUGUGUUCCUGAGAGCAUUUGUAGUUGCUCCUUGCAUCUGAAGAUGGUUGGGAGCGCUUCAAAUGACGCGUUGACCAGUGCUCGACCCUGUCUUUUGUUCACCUCGUAGGUUUUGAGAUGGACGCCUUUUUUUCUGCAUCGGUCUGGCGUUGGCACUGCAACAAAACAACACACUUCACCGGAUCUGCCCUGCACGGUUUUUUGCCGCAACUUCUCGGCGCUUUUUUCUGUGCCCCCUUAGCAGGUCCCCUUGUUGUACUUUUCAGUGCUGUAUUCCGGUUUCCCCGGUUUUGUCUUUUCUGGUCUUUUGCAUGCAAGCAGACGCCGAUCGGGAUUGUGCGACGGAUGGAGCUUUCUGCAGCACGGGAAGCCUCUGCGGCCGUCUGGGUGGGACGCGGAAAAGAUGCAUGACAAGGGACGAAGGGGAGACUUCGCCUGAAGAGAUAAGAAAACUAGCGUAGUUGCGAUUUACUGACGUGGCUAGGCAGCAUGUUUUUAUAUACGGUCUUACACCAAAAUAUUGGCUAUCAGCUAGUUCUUUUUCACCGAUGGCUGAGCGCGUCGAUGUGGGUAGAAGUGGCAGGUGGCACCCUGUUCGCCCCGACCUGAGUGGCUGCGCUAUGAGUGAGGCGAUCGGCAUAUCGCUGGGAAUUGUGGCGUGGUCAUUCCCUCAGCCUCCUAGUUUCUUGGUUAUUUUAAAAUCGGCGGGUUCGUAGAGAAUAGAAUGAUAGAGGAACACUAAGCUCCGCCUGCCGCCGGUUUGCGAACUGAAUAAAGCUGAGGCCGCUCUUUCAGCAGCCCCAGGAUACAAAAAAAAACCGCAAGCCAGAAAACUCUUAAUCUUAAUCAAGGUACGCGCCAAAGUAAUAGAUCCUUUAGCUUAGUCUGUGAGGCUCCUGUGUAGUUUUGCAUGCAGCUGCUGCGAAUGUUCUGUCUUUUUUCCCUUGUUUCUUUUCACAUAAUGUGAUCUGGCGGUAGCCUAGUAGGUAGGAGUGUGAGGGUCUAGCGAGUUAGCGGUGGUUAUAUCUGAGUCUUGCAACCGCGUCAUGAACAAUCAAC